UGCGGUCCCGAGGGCCGGAGAGCGCCGAGCGAGGUCGGGCCGGCUCGUUGGCACCGGACCGGGAGCCGGCAGGAGCGAGGCUCGGCGGCCCGCAGGCGCACGGCUGGCCUGGCACGGCACCUGCAGCGACGCCCGGGGCGCGGGCACAAAGGCUCCGACGGCUGCCGGCGCCCGGGGUGGCCUGCGCACGGGCCCGCAGCUUGCCAAGGGGGCGCGGGGGGCACCAUGCCUCGGCGCCUCCACGCCCGGGGGGCCGCGGGCGCCAGGGCUCCUCCUCCGGCUGACCCCGCCGAGGCGGCCGCGCGCCCGCACCCCGCCGCCUCCGGGGACCCCGCGGCGUCGGCCAAGGCGCUGCUGCGCUGGGACGAGGUGCCCGACGACUUCGUGGAGUGCUUCAUCCUGUCGGGCUACCGGCGCUUGCCUUGCACCGCGCAGGAGUGCCUGGCGUCCGUGCUGAAGCCCACCAACGAGACGCUCAACUUCUGGACGCACUUCAUCCCGCUGCUGCUGUUCGGGAGCAAAUUCGGCCGCCUCUUCUUCCUGGGCGGCGGCGGCGGGGACCUGCCCUUUCACCACCCCGGCUUGCUGCCCUUGUGGUGCUACGCGUCCGGGGUGCUGCUGACCUUCGCCAUGAGCUGCACGGCGCACGUGUUCAGCUGUCUGUCUCUGCGCCUCCGCGCCGCCUUCUUCUACCUGGACUACGCCUCCAUCAGCUACUACGGCUUCGGCAGCACCGUGGCCUACUACUACUACCUGCUGCCCGGCCUCAGCCUGCUGGACGCGCGCGUCAUGACCCCCUACGUGCAGCAGCGCCUGGGCUGGCAUGUGGACUGCACGCGCCUCAUCGCCCUGUACCGUGCGCUCGUGCUGCCCGUGGCCUUCGUGCUGGCCGUGGCCUGCACCGUGGCCUGCUGCAAGAGCCGCACCGACUGGUGCACCUACCCGUUCGCCCUGCGCACCUUCGUCUUCGUCAUGCCCCUCAGCAUGGCCUGCCCCAUCAUGCUGGAGAGCUGGCUCUUCGACCUGCGGGGCGAGAACCCCACGCUCUUCGUGCAUUUCUACCGACGCUACUUCUGGCUGGUGGUGGCCGCCUUCUUCAACGUCAGCAAGAUCCCCGAGCGCUUCCAGCCGGGCCUCUUCGACAUCAUCGGCCACAGCCACCAACUCUUCCACAUCUUCACCUUCCUCAGCAUCUAUGACCAGGUGCACUACGUGGAGGAGGGCCUGCGCCAGUUCCUCAAGGCGCCCCCCGCGGCGCCCACCUUCUCGGGCACGGUGGGCUACAUGCUGCUGCUAGUGGUCUGCCUGGGUCUGGUCAUUCGGAAAUUCCUGAACCACAGCGAAUUCCGCAGUAAAAAGUGAGCUUCGCACCACUGUGCUGCUG